AUGUCGACGGACCGUCCUUUCGCGGCUACCCUGAAGGCAUCUGGCAGCAUAGGAUGGCCAAUUGCUGAUAUUGUGGCUAAAAAUCAUUUUGUCUCUGGAGAAUCCCGUUCAAAUAAAAUCGAGAAUGCGUCAGCGAACGUAAAUCUCAAGGAGCCGCCGGACUUGUCUGCAGGUGCAUGUAUAGAUUGCCUUGAAGAUGACUAUGCCUGA